AUGUCGACAUUCAGCGCCAGCCGUCGUGGCCAGUCGUCCGUCAAUCUUUCGCAAUAUUUGAACGUUAUUUCGACCCAUGAGCCAUCGCUUGAGGAGACGCCGGUCGACGAUGAUCUCGCCAUGUUCACCAACACACAGUUUAUCGAUUGGGAUCAGGGUCAAACUCAGGGUCCGGCUCCAGUGAAGGACGUCGAGGCACGUGCGGCUAUACCCGGCGAAUCCGUUGUAGCGGACCUUGGCCUCGAUUUCAACAUCAACCCAGACGAGUUCAACAACUUUGACUUUGGCUUUCCGAGCCCUGCUGUAUCGUCAUUCCCGGACAACCUGGGCAACCUACAGCCACUACAGCCCAACCCGGGCUCAGUUUACCAGUCUGCCGGCACCCCUCAAAGUCAUUAUGGUGUUCCGCAUUCUCAGCCGGGAGAGAAACGGGACGCUGGUCCGCAUCGUCAGCUCAGCAUGGAGGACCAAUCCCGCUUGGCCGCCGAGGAGGACAAGCGAAGACGAAACACUGCCGCCAGUGCCCGUUUUCGAGUCAAGAAGAAGGCUCGCGAGGCUGCGCUGGAGACGACCAACAAGCAGCUCAACGACGAAGUUAGCCAGAUGAAAAACAGGAUUACACACCUGGAAACCGAAAAUAAAUGGCUGCGAGGACUCGUUAUGGAAAAGGCAGGUGGCAAAGAUUCCAAGUUCGACGCGAAACUAGCGGCAUUUUUAAAAUCCAUGGGCAAGGACUCGUCCGGCUCCGAUUCCGAAUCAGAGUCGGAAAAGGUAGCCAAGGCCGAAAGGAGGAAGAAAGGCGACACCGAGAAAGUCGAAUAA